AUGCCAGGGCCCUCGGCUAUGAUGGGAGAGAACACAGGCCCUGACGGCUUCCCGCCUCCAAAUACACAACGUCCAACCAAGAAGAAUGCUUCUAUUGCCUGCCAGGCCUGCAGAGCCUCAAAGCGAAAGUGUGAUCAACGUCAACCGUGUUCGAAUUGCCAAACGAACAAUAGGACGUGUAUCUAUGACCCAUCACAAGAUGGAAGAAGAAAGCAAGCCCGCAAGAGAAGGCUUGACGAACUCGAGCUUCGAAGUCACGCUCUUGACAGGAUCCUGAUCAGUCUCAGGAACUCGUCAGCCCCUGAAUCACGACAGUUGCUCGAACUCAUCAAGCGGGAUGCUCCUCUCGAGGAGAUUCUUGAGUUUCUUGACGCUCAUCCCGGCCCCGUGGCGAAUGAGACACGGAGGGCUCUCUCUGCCACGCCUCCUCCAGAUGGCGGCGGCGGGAUACGCCGUAUGCUCGCAAUCAGUGAGCUGGCUGACGAUCCAACUUUCAGGGUUCCUGCGGCUCCCUGGACCACCGUUACCAAAGAUGACCAAUUUGUCUCCCAUCUGGUGUCGGCCUACCUAAAUUGGUACCACUUUUAUUACCACAACUUUGACGAGAAGUUGUUUCUUGAUGCUAUGGUUGCGAAGAAUCUACAGUCACCUUACUGUUCACCAUUCUUGGUCAACGCCGUGCUUGGAAUGGGAUGUUUCUUUUCAGACCACCCUAUGGCCUUUGCGACGCCCGGGGACGCGAGCUCACGAGGACUUCAUUUUUACAACGAAGCCCAGCGGCUUUGGGCAAUAGAAGCGGCCAAACCAACGCUGACCAAUAUUCAAGCCUUCACUAUUAUGAUAAUGACGUCAGCUUUCUCCGGCAAAGACAGAGUGAGCCUUACCUCUUUGAAACAGCUCGAAGUCAUGAUGCCCCAGCUUUUUCGUCGACACCAGAAAUCGCCGGAGGUGUCUGAGGAUCUGCGACGGUCCUUCCAGAUUGUCGAGUGGGCGGCGCACAUAUAUUCAACGGGCUUUGGUACGGGGUUCCUUGUCCCCCCACUGAGUCCAAAGCCUUCCUUGGAAGCGCCAUAUGCUUCCGAGAGUUGGCGCAACCGUCUCACAUCAUGGUCACCUUAUCCCAUGGCUGGAGAUCCUGUACGGCUGCCACUCCAAGCUCUAUAUCACUACAUGUGCGAGCUGUAUAUUUUUGCGAGCGAUGUCCAGUCUCUGAUCUUUGCCGACUAUGCCAAAAUGGAUGCGGUAGAACGGCUCCACGCGGCUCGGGAUAUGGACAAGAAAAUGUUGGAAUGGUAUGGAUCUAUACCUCAGCAAUUUCAGGUGGACGACCCAGAUUUCGUUCUGGUACCGACAACGAUCGACUUAGCAUUGAGCCUUCAUCAUUUCCGGCUGCAUUUGUGGAAUUGGACGAUCCCGCUGCCCCAGAGUGCCAUAAAGGCCAACGCCGAGCCAACACAGGAUUCAGCGGCAGCAGGAACCGAAUCAGCUACACUUCGCCCUAGUCAAGACGAGCUUGCGCAGGUCACGCGCGAAACAAAGGAUAUGUGUCUGCAAAUCACGACGGUCACGAUACACAUCAUCCAGAGAGCAGAUGCAAGGUACGGGCCCCGGUUCUUCACUGUAUUGACGCCACAAUCUGGUAUCCUCGCCGCCAGUUUCCUGCUGUCUGGCAACCUCAAUUCUGCGGUCGAGGAGGAACUGCUGCUGGAGAUCAUGCGAGCCCUGGUAGGAUGCUCGAGGCAGCGACAACUGGUCAAGGGUGUCACGCACAUGUUACUGAAAACAGCUGAAGACAAGGUCGCUGCCGUCGGGGACGGACCUACGCCUCCCGGCGGUGUUAGUCAAGCUCUCCUUGAGAAGCUGACGGUCAUUGUGAAGGACCUUGCCUGGACAGGCCAUGAGCACCUUACCUUCAGCUCCAAGUACCCCAAUCAUGUACUUAUCAAGGAGGAUCCGGAUACCGAGUUGAGUCAGUUGCUCGAGAAAUGGGCAGACAUGGGCUUGAACGAGAAGAAACCUGGUGAGGGCGCCGGGGUUCCUGGCGACAGCGACUCGACGGACAAGGAACGGAGUGAUGGAUGA